UGUGGGUGUAGUCUCUCCAGACAGUGUUCAACACAGCUGUCAACCACACACGUCUUCCUCUUUCUGGUAAACUGGAAAUGGAUUGGUUACUGUUUCUUCUACUCCUGAUGACAGGAAGAAAUGGAUUAUGUCAACGAGAGGAAGCCUGCUCGAAGUCUGUGAUCAACUCCUGUGGGGACUGUAUUAAAUCCGGGCCAUACUGUGUGUGGUGCCAACAGCUGAAUUUCACCAAAGCAGGUGAGCAGGAUGCAGUACGCUGUGACACCCAAGCUCAGCUGAUAAGGAGGGGCUGCAAGAGGGAAGAAAUCAUCUCCCCAAAGAACAUUCAAACAAUUGUCAAGGAAGAUCCUCUGUCCGCGUCAUUCGACCAACAGGAGCCUGUCCAGCUGAGUCCACAGAAGAUUAGUCUGAGACUGCGAUCUGGGCUUCCUACCACAUUCAGUGUUUCUUUUAAAAGAGCUAAGGGUUAUCCAGUCGAUCUCUACUAUCUGAUGGACCUGUCUUACUCCAUGAAAGAUGACUUGGAAAAUGUCAAAAAACUGGGACAACGUCUUUUUGCUGCUCUGAAGAAAAUCACAGAAUAUGCUCAAAUAGGGUUUGGUGCCUUUGUUGAUAAGACCGUCCUUCCUUACACUAACACCAACAAGGAGAAACUGCUGAAGCCAUGUGAUGAGAAUGACCAGCAGUGCCAGGCUGCCUUUGGCUACAGACAUGUGCUUCGAAUGACAGCAAGGGAAGAUGAGUUCAAAAGCAAAGUGACAGAGCAGUUCAUUUCUGGGAACUUGGACUCUCCAGAAGGCAGUCUCGAUGCCAUGAUGCAGGCUGCCGUAUGUGGGGGCAAAAUAGGUUGGAGGAACAGCAGCACUCGGCUGAUAGUGCUGACCACUGAUGCUGGAUUCCACAUGGCCGGAGAUGGAAAAUUAGCUGGCAUACUGGAACCUAAUGAUGAACAGUGUCACAUGGAAAACAAUCUUUACACCAACAGCAAUGAGAUGGACUACCCAUCUGUUGGACAACUAGCUAUGCAGUUGGAGAAAAACAAUAUUCAGCCAAUAUUUGCAGUGACAAAAAAUGUUGAAAUUGUCUACAAGCAACUUUCUAAAAUGAUUCCAAAAUCAGAGGUGGGAGUUCUGUCAUCAGAUUCUAAAAAUGUUGUUGAAUUGAUUGAGAGCGCCUACAAUAGGUUGUCCUCCAAAGUAACUCUGACCCAUGAUAAUCUGCCUGAUAAUGUACGAGUUGAAUACACCCCUAAGUGCGAUCAUGCAGGACCACCAGGUGACAGUGAAGGGGUUUGUGACAAUGUACGAGUGGGACAGGAGAUCUCUUUUGAUGUCACAGUGACAGCAUCCUCAUGCAUGGAGGACCAGACUUUUACCAUUAGACCACUGGGCAUUAAAGACACAUUGACAGUGACCGUAUCUACAAAAUGUGAGUGUCAAUGUGUAGACCCACAGGACAUUAUUCAUCCACACUGCAAUGGCAAGGGACGAGUCAGCUGUGGUAUAUGCAGCUGCAGUGAAGGCUCCAUUGGUCAGUUCUGCGAGUGCUCCAUUGGCAAUAAAGACGAGCCUACCCUGAGAGAAUCCUGUCAGAGGCAGAAUGGCACCGAGUGUGAGGGUCAAGGAGACUGUGUCUGUGGCAGGUGCGAGUGCCACACCACAGAAAGAGGAAGCAGUUACCAUGGUGAAUUCUGCCAAUGCGACGAUGAACACUGUGAGAGGUUCAUGAAUAAACUAUGUGGAGGGACCGGUAAGUGUACCUGUGGCAAAUGUGAAUGCUAUGCAGGCUAUGAGGGCUCAGCCUGUCAGUGUCAGGUGUCUGAGGAUGGCUGUCAUACCCCGAACAACACCAUUUGCUAUGGCAGAGGGACCUGCAAGUGUAACCGCUGUGAGUGUAAGGAGGGAUACCAGCAGCCACGAUGCCAGACAUGCCUCGGCUGCACUGACCCUUGCCAGACCAAUCUGAAUUGCAUUGAAUGCCUCGGCUUUGACUCAGGUCCCUUUAAAAAAAACUGCAGUGUGGCUUGCCAGAGCAUUGAUCAUGUUAUGGUAGAUCAGUCCACCAUACAAAGCAAGAAGUGCCAGCAAAAGGACUCAGACGGCUGCUGGAUCAAAUUUAAUCUGGACCAGUUGUUCGGAGUGGAUAACUACAAGGCUGAAAUUCUGAAACAGAGAGACUGUCCAGAACCACCCAGCAUCAUUGCUAUCAUUGGAGGCUCUAUUGCAUCUGUGGCUCUCAUUGGCAUCUUGUUGCUGAUGCUGAUCAAGCUACUUCUCUACAUGAAGGACCUGAAAGAGUUCAGGAAAUUUGAAAAUGAAAAGAAGAAAUCCAAGUGGGCGGAGGCUGACAACCCACUGUUCCAGAAUGCCACCACCACUGUGACCAACCCAACCUUCACUGGAGAAUGAGGAUUAGUGCUGAACUGCUACUAUUUACUCAACAUGUUUGCAAUUGCAUUGUUAUUGUUUAAUUACUAUUGAAAAAAUAUGCAUAUUUUUGCUCAUUGCUUAUUAUAUUUACAUGUAAAAUAUAGUCAUGUAUGUUGCUCAUAAUAUAUACAAUAGAGUCGGACAGAGAAUGGGCAAAAUGUAAUGAUGUGUGAUGUCUAAUUUAUACUUCUGCAAAAAAGCUUGCUCACAGCUGGUCUAGGUGACCACGAGGCACCCGGAGUAGAAAUCAGGCAUUAUAUACAUAUACUGGAUCCAUCAUUUUGAGGGCAGUAGCUCAGUCCAAGGGGACUUGGUUUGGGAACUUGGUUUAGACUGGUAGAGAGGUGCCAGUUUGCCUCCUGGGCACUGCUGUGGUAUUCUUGAGCAAGGAACCAGCCGCUGCUCCUAAUGUUAGGAUAGGUUACAUUUCACUGCGUGCUGUGCUGUUCACAAUACAAUGUGUGACAAUAAAGGUUGAUUUAAAUUUAUA